AAUCACACAUCCUCCUCUAAGUAGCACAAAUUAAGACUGUUUUUACAUAGUGGUGCUAAAAUGAUCAAUAAGCUUCAAGCAGUAUUCAUCACUUCAAUAAUCGGUGCUUUGGCAGUUCACAAUGGUAUCUGUGUGAAAAUCAUUGGAGGUCAGGAUGCUAAAACUGGGACAGCAACUUACAUGGUAUCUAUCCAAAAUGCAACUGAACACAUUUGUGGAGGAAUUUUAAUAGAUAAGCAAUGGGUCUUGACUUCAGCAGACUGUGUAGAGGAAGCACGUAGAGUGGUCAUUGGAAAACAUUCCUUAAAGUAUGCAAAGGGAAAUAAUAUAUUUAGACCCAUUGAGAAAAAAAAACAUCCCAAAUACAACAAGAAAAAAGAAUGGAACAAUUUGGCUCUCCUCAAGCUGGAUAAAGCUAUAAAAUCGAAAAAGUUUGCAAAGACCUUGUCAUUGCCAAAAUCACCCAGAGAUAUCAAACCUGGAACAAAAUGCAAGGUCUUUGGAUGGGGUCAGACCACUCGAGAUGAUAAAGAUCCCUCAGAUACUUUGCAAGAAACAACUGUAACCAUCAUAGACCGGAAAACCUGCAACAGUCGAAAGUAUUACAAUCAGGAUCCUGUCAUAAAUGAUGAUAUGAUGUGUGCUGGUGAUAAACCUGAGAAUUAUGCUAAAAUGUGCAGAGGAGAUGCAGGUGGACCAUUAAUAUGUAAAAGCUUAUUUCUGAAAGUGGAGUCAUUAACCGGGAUUGCUAUCUUUGGAAAGGGUUGUGACGUCAAGGACAAGCCCGGCAUUUAUACACGUUUAACAAAGAAUUACAUUGAGUGGAUAAAGAAAACAAUCAAAUCCAAAACCAACAACACUUCAAUUGAGCAAAAGUUAUCAGAAACUACAGACUACUAGGUUGGAAAAGUAACAGUAUGUACAUUCAAGAAAUUAUGAUUAACCUAAAUGAUUAGCAAGUGACUACAUGUUAAAAUCUUAGAUUUGUACAAGGUAUUGAUAUAUAAGUUCAGGCACCCAGUACCAGUGUUCAGGCUCAAUUCACCCAUCAUCUUCCAGUCUGACGCAUGGGAAAGAGUAUACCAAAGUUAUGACGAAUAUAAAUAGGACAGGUGGUUAAGGCCUUUUUCCAAGGAUAGUGAGGUCUCAAACUAAAAGGCAAAUGAGAAGGAGAAAUUUAAAAGAGACCUCAAAGGUGAGUUUUCUUUUCACACAGAGGGUGGUGAACAUUUAGAACAAGUUGCCAGAGGAGGUGGUAAUAGCAGAUGCAAUUGCAAAUGAAUUAGGACUUUGGACAGGCACUUGCAAGGAAAGAGAUGGAGAGAUACAGGUUUAAUUGGAUGAGCUUGGCUAAAAGGACCCAUUUCUUUGUCAUACAAUUCCGUGAUUACUAGACAAAUGUACAGAAUAUUAGGGAAUUAGGGGUAUAAUGCAGUUGGCAGUGCAAGAAAGAGCCGUUGAGGUAGAUCAGUCAAAAUUUUACUGAAAAACAGAUUAGGCAGGAGGGCCAAAUUGCCUAUUCCUGUUUCUAUUUUAUUUUACUUUCACACAGAAUCUCUCCAUUAAUGAGGAAAAUAUCGGUGGUUCGGAGCCUGAAAACUGAUUGCCAAAUGACUAAAUUAAUAAGCCCAUGCUUUGUGCAAAUUAAGAUGUUGACCAUGUGGUUACAUAAUAUGAUAUUGUUUUGAAUAUAACUCUGAAUUUGAUACAUGUCAAGACUAUUCAUAAUCUCUGCAAUGCAGCUUGUACAGAAAGACAUAUCUUGCUAAAGGAUCUAUUGUUAUUGCCUUCACAAUUUUAAACUGUGUCUGAAUUUACCAGAAAUAAAGAGCAAUCAAAUUCAUUGAUUAAAAUAUUGCGUGUUGUGUGCACUUUUCAAUACAUUUGAGAUUCCCUCAUCUUACUUAUCCCUUCCUCACUCACUCUACAACUUAAAAUUAGCUUGCUUUCUCUCUUUCUGUUUCCGUGUUCUGCAAAGAUCUUCAACCGGAAACAUUAACUCUUGUUUGCCUUUC